AUGCGUCCGUUAAGGAGGGGAAACACUCCUAUUCCAAGGAGCUUAACUGGCCAAGCUCAAGUGGAGCUCAGUGCUGUGGCCAGUGGCAACGAAGCAAACCAGAGAGAUGACGCUCGUGUGUCUGGGGAACACCCAAGCUCUCCCAAUCCAAACCCGGAUCCCCUCCCAGAUGGUGGAUAUGGCUGGGCUGUCGUCUUCGCCUGCUUCGUCCACACCUUCUGGCUCAACGCCUGGACUGGGUCAUGGGGCAUACUCCAAGUCGCGCUCCUCAAACAGACACUGCAGCACUCCUCCUCAAGCACCGUGUCCUUUGUGGGAUCCCUUGGCCUCGCUUUGGGAACCGGCCUAGGUGUUCCUGCUGUGAUGCUUGCGCGUCGCAUCGGUGCUCGUAACACUGGCCUACUUGGUAUUACCAUCUAUGGCGUGGGCAACAUUAUGAGCGCAGAGGCAGUCCACAGCGUGGGGGGUUUGUUCAUCGCGAGUGGCGUUUUGUAUGGAUUGGGAGGUGGCUGCAUAUAUGCCAUGUCCAAUAUCCUACCUGUUCAGUGGUUCGACAAAAGACUUGGGACGGCCAAUGGCAUCAUCAAGCUUGGUGGGGGAAUAGGUGCUACCGUUAUGGCCAUUGUGGCCGGUAUGCUGACCGAAAAAGUCGGCAUCGCCUGGACAUUUAGGAUUUUCGGACUGGCAUCACUAGGCACGGGUAUUCCUGUAGCCUUCCUAAUCAAGGAGCGCCGAACAUCUCCGCGAAACUACAAUUUCCAACUGUCCAUCUUCAAGGAGCUGCCCUUCUCAUUCAUUUUCGGGGCAGGCGCUGUUGGCAUAUUUGCCUUAUAUGCGCCGCCCUUCUUCCUCCCUUACGUGACCAACGCCCUAGGGUUCGACAAUACGACUUCGACAGGCGUUGUCGCGUGCUUCAAUGCUUGCAUGGCCAUUGGCCGCCUCAUAUCGGGUAUUGCCUGCGACAAGCUCGGGACCAUGAAUAUGGUAUUCUUGACCAUGGCACUCAAUGCAAUUACUUUUUUUGCGGUGUGGUCCGUCUCUUACAACCUCGCCACCCUGUUGGUGUUCGCUGUCACCAACGGCAUCGCCAAUGGCGCCUUCUUUGUUACGAUGCCAACGGCUGUAAGUAGAUUGCUAGGGAAAGACCGUGCGGCAGAUGGCAUUAGCAUUGCGCUUGCAGGAUGGUGCCCCGGUCUUCUGGUGGGAAAUCCUAUUGCCGGCGCCCUGAUUGAUGUCAUGGGAGCAGACAAGGCGACGUCGAUUGUGCCGUUUCGGCCGGCGGUGUUCUAUGCCGGCGGGACGGCCUUGGCCUCGACUGUUUUGGUUGCUGCUUCGCGCCUGGUGAUGAAUAAGUCGGUUGCGAGGAUGUGA